CUGUGUCGUGAAUGAAAGUAAACAAAUCAUCCCUACUAAAGUUAAAAUCAAAAAAAAAUGUUAAUAAUUUAAGUAAAUUGUCAUGAUUAGUUAUCAAUCGUUCAGUAAUUAUUGAGUCCGCAAAAUGAUCGAAAUCGAAGACGUGAUAGACCCGACCCCGACCAGCGAAGACUCCAAGAAAAUCAGUGCAAUCGACCGGGAUACCGUGCACAGGAUCUGCUCCGGUCAGGUUGUCCUGAAUUUGGCCACGGCCGUGAAGGAGCUGGUGGAGAAUGCCAUCGAUGCCGGCGCCACGGUUGUGGAGGUGAAGCUCAAGGAACAAGGUGCCGAUCUGGUGGAGGUGUCGGAUAAUGGAAGUGGUGUCGAAGAGAAGAAUUUCGAGGGACUGACCGCCAAGUAUCACACUUCGAAGCUGAAGGAAUUUGCGGAUUUGGCGUGUAUCGAAACGUUCGGGUUUCGUGGAGAAGCCCUCAGCUCGUUGUGUGCGUUGUCUGAUAUGGUUGUAGUAACGAGGCAUGAAACGGCACCCCACGGGACCAAGCUGGAAUUGGACCAUCGGGGAGCGAUAGUUAAGAGGAGUCCUUGUGCGAGAGCCGUUGGAACGACGGUUUCCUUGUCGAACUUGUUUGCGACACUUCCGGUUCGGAAGAAGGAGUUCCAUAAGAACAUCAAACGAGAGUUCAUCAAGAUGUGCCAGAUCCUGCAGGCUUACUGUCUAGUGUCGGUUGGAGUACGGAUAAUCUGCAGCAACCAGAACAAGAAGGGUGUUAAAAGUGUGAUCAUGAGCACGCAGGGAUCAAAUUCGGUUUUGGACAAUAUAACGACGGUAUUUGGAUCCAAGCAAUCAACGGAACUGGUUCAAUUGAAGCCGGCCAUAAGCAGCAGUGGCAAGAUCUUAGAUCUGAACGAGAGUGACUUCGAUGACACCCUAUCUCUGACUCAGGAAGAAGUCGAUAAGCUGAAUCUGUCCAGAUAUACCAUCGAAGGGUACAUUUCAAGUUGCGCCCAUGGCUCGGGUCGAUCCUCCAAGGACCGGCAGUUUUUCUUCGUGAAUUCCAGACCUUGUGAACCAAAGGCCAUCAUCAAGAUGGUGAACGAAACCUACCACAAGUACAACGUGAACCAAUGUCCAUUCGUUUACCUGAAUCUGAAAAUGGCGCGCUCGGAUGUGGAUGUUAAUCUCACACCGGACAAGCGACAGAUUCUGGUCAAUAACGAAAAGAUUCUUCUGUUGGCACUUAAGAAGUCCCUGAUGAAAACGUACGGCACCAUUCCGUCGACGUUCAAAAUGCAAAAUUUGGAUGUUAGCGCCACGUCUCGUUUGUUGAACAUUUCUGUCAUGUCGAAAGACGGUGGGGAUGAAGAUUCGGUAGAUGAUCAAAGCAUGGAAGCUCCAAAUCCCAGACGGAUGUUGGCCGCAUUUAGCCACAGGGGUGCCUCAGCAGGAAACAGCACCAGCGACAGUACACCGGUGAAGGCUGAGAAGCGAAAGCGUGAAAGUGUCGAUUCUACGCCUAAGAUAUACAACUUUAUAACCGCUACGCCCAAGGCUGAAUCGAAUGACAUCACCACUGGGGAGGCAGCUGAUGACGAAGAGCUGGAAGAAACGUUGUCGAAGAUUGCACGCAAUUCGACGAUGACAGAGGAAGACGCUAUGGGUGGCGAUGUUCUGCCACCGAUGGCAGACAACAAGCAGUACAUGGUGAAGGUUCUGGAUCCGUUGGAAAUUGCCGGGAGUUCAACUCCGAAAGCCUCACAUUCCCUGGAACAAAAUGUACAUGUCAUCAGAUGCCGCAACGAGGAACCUGAAGAGGCGAAACCCAAACUGAUCUUCGAAACCAUUCAAGAUUUUGAACCCACUCCAAAGCUAACAGUCUUGAGCCCCAAAAAAGAGCCAAUACUCGAUAGUCCCAUCGUGGAUCGAAAACCAGAAGUAAUCGAAAUCGACCAACCAUCGUUCAAGGAAGAUUCCUUCCGGCCUUCCACGAAGAAGUGUUUAGAUAUCGACAUAUCCUCGUUGAAGACUCUGAUAGAUGAAGAACAAAAACUAACGCAGUCGGAUGAAGCAGUUCGCAACACCUCUCUAAGUCGACUCAAGUUCAAGAGCAAAAUCAAUCCGUCCAACAACCGCGCCGCCGAAGAUGAGCUCCAGACCGAAAUCUCCAAGGACCGAUUCGCCCAGAUGGAAAUCAUCGGCCAGUUCAAUCUGGGGUUCAUCAUCGCACGGCUCGAGCAGGAUCUGUUCAUCAUCGAUCAGCAUGCCACGGACGAGAAGUACAACUUUGAAGAUCUCCAGCGGACUACGGUUCUGCAGAACCAGAAACUGGUCGUUCCCCAGCAGCUGGAGCUGACGGCCGUCAACGAGAUGAUCCUGAUGGACAAUCUGGAAAUAUUCGAAAUGAAUGGGUUCAAGUUCGAGAUCGAUGGGUCGGCGGAACCGACCAGGAAGGUCAAACUGGUGGCGAAGCCUUUCAGCAAGAAUUGGGAGUUCGGCAAGGAGGACAUCGACGAAUUGAUCUUCAUGUUGCAGGACGCUCCGAAUUCGGUGUGCAGACCGUCGAGGGUGCGAGCGAUGUUUGCCUCCAGGGCGUGCCGGAAGUCGGUCAUGAUUGGCAAGGCGCUAUCGAAGGCGGAGAUGCGACGGCUGGUUAGUCACAUGGGCGAAAUUGAACAACCGUGGAAUUGCCCACACGGUCGACCAACCAUGCGGCACCUAGUGAAUCUCUCAAUGUUACAACAAGGAGAAAUAAAAGGCCCAGAAGAAGACGAGUAAACUCUACAGAACUGCCCUCACGGUCGACCCACCAUGCGGCAUCUAGUUAAUCUCGCAAUGUUACAACAAGGAGAAGUGAAUGACCAAGAAGAAAACGAGUAAUCUCUACAGGUAAGUUCUUCUGAUAACUUUUAUUUUUGA